GUUAAUCAGCACCCUAAAUGAAAGUAUUCUUUUAUGAGGAAGCAGAAGAACAGAAAAACAACUAGCAAAUGCGAGUUUCCAUGAAGAGCAUGUUGUGAAGCAGCUGCACAUAUACUGCGAUCAUGGCUACUAAAUCUCCUCAAGGAGGUUCGGAGCUCAGAAUUGUGAUCUUAGGAAAUGCUGGAGAGAAUAAAGUGGUUAAAUCAGUCCUAAACUGUGAGAAUCUGACAGGAGUGGAAGUUGGUCUCUGUACUUUACAUCAGAGUGAAGAAGCAGGAAGGAAGAUCAGUGUUGUGGAAGCACCAGGAUGGGACAGACUCAGACCAGACAGCAUAAAAGAAGAAAUUGUCAGAAGCGUGUCACUUUGUCCUCCAGGACCUCACGCUCUGCUUCUGGUCAUACCAGUUCUUAAUUCUGGUCAAACUCUCUCUGAAGAACCUGAAAUGAAUGCAUCAGAGAUGCACAUGAGGUUACUGUCAGAGCGCGUCUGGAAACACACCAUCGUGCUGUUUGCUUGUGAUGAUGGAGUGGACGAACUAACAAUCCAAAAACACAAAAUCCUGGAAAAGUGUGGAAGACGAUUCCAUGUUCUUCAGAAAAGCACUUGUGAAUCUCCCACUCAGAUUCAUGCACUUCUUAAGAAGAUAGACGACCUGGUGGAGGUAAACCGUGGUGAUUUCUUCAUACCACAAGCUUACUAUGAACUGAUUCAACAGAAGACACAAGAAGCAUCUGGUGCGACUGAGCUCAGGAAGAGACGUGGAAGUCUGGACAGUCCUCCUAACUAUAACGAAGACAAAGGAGAUUCACAGAAGAAAGAAUCUGUAGAGACUUCCAAACAUAGACCUUCGGAAGACAUGCCAAAAAUCACCAUGGACUUCAAACCGUUCGUAAUGAUACUGAUAGGUGUGUUCGGAGCACUUCUCGGCGCUGUUGCUGGAGCUGAAAACGGAGUUUCAGGGUCUUGCUCUGGAUUAGUGUUUGGUGUCGUUGUAGGGGUUUUACUUGCAAGUUUCAUCGUGUACAUUUAUACUCACAUUUAUUCACGAGCUUAUCCAAAGCAGUCUACACAAAGCUCAUCAGAAGCAACUGAAUCAUAAGGAGCUGCAAAGUUGAUCAAAUGCAAGCUAGCUGAAUUGUAAAUAUAUUUUAUAUAAAUUUUUAAGUAAGAAUAUAUUUACAUUGUGCCUUGUAUAUAUAAUUUCUUGACAACUGUGAGGGAUAAUUUGCGCAAGACUGACAGGAGACAUACUGUAGACCUGAGAGAGAAAAAAAGAGAAAAAAAAAAUGCAAUUCAAAAACUCUCAAAAUAUAUGCAUAGACCCGAAAACAGCUAGUGAGAGUACAAAGAGAAAAAAGACAUUUACUAAUGAAACACUGCUUUCUGUGAUGUUAGAACCGUAGGGUGAAUACUUUCAUAUUACUUUAUAUCAGCACUCAUCCUAAACUUUUGCCUUUUUAAUUUUGCCAUAAUUUUAGGGUCAUACCGCAUUUUGACAGCUUUAUAUGCCUUAUAGUUUUUUUUUUUUUAAAGAUGCUCAUCUGAAGAAGCUAAAAAGCAGAUGUUUGCAAUAUGUUGUUGUCUGUUGUGUUCAUGGGUUUUUGUGUGAAGGAGGAAAGGAGGAGUUCAGAACAACUGGAACCAGUGUUUUUAUAAACAAGCUUUUUAAUGUUUUUUUUUAUUUUUUU